GCUAAUCCGGCUAAGUCGGUCACUAUCGCCACUGAGGAAAAUACGGCGCUCACGCAAACAGCAGGGGGAACAAACGUGAAAGAGACGGAGAAUGAGCCUCUUUAAGGCAGCGUCCCAGCUUCACCAAGCCCGAUUUUAAAGGCCGGGCAGAACGCCUGCGCUGGGUUCAGCCACGCCUCCGCAGCCCGGGCCGUCGCGGUGCAUUGUGGGCGCGGUAGUUUCCGCCUCGUUUCUGGAUGCAUGGAGCGUGAGUGCUGUGGUUCCAGACUGGAAUAUAAUAGGCACCAGAGGAUUCCUCCUUUGUUCUCUCUACCUGGGACUUGUGACCGACGUUGGAUGUCUUCAGAUCGUUGUUUAAUGGAGAGAACGGAACCAAACUUCACUGCUGUUAACUAGCCCCCAAAUCAGAACCCACAUUUGUCUUAGAAGCUGAAAAUCAUCUUUUAGAAAGUUGCCGCUUCGAUUCUCCACCUUCUACCCCCAAUCUCUUAAUUAUGCUGUAGACGUUGGGGCUUUUUGACCAUAUCUCUUACAAUCUGGUGCUGAUUUCACUGCAUAAUGACUUUCUAUUUUACUGGUAUUCGGAGCUUUCCUAAGCUUUGGAAGAGUAACCCAUACCUUGGCCUAGGCCCAGGACACGCCUAUCUCAGUCUCCUUCUCAAAGACUGUUAUGGUAUCAGGAACUAUAAGUGGUUUUCUCUUAAACCAAUGUCUCCACAAAAUACCAAAGCCAUGAAUCUGCUGAUUGCCAAGGCUAGAUAUGUCAGGAAAAGAGAUGAGGGUAGUAAUAAGCAAGUUUCUGCUGAUUCUCCUCAUCUCUUUGCAGCUGGAGCAGCUAAGAAGAGAUCAGAGAUGAAUCCUCAGAGUAAAGAUUAUUUCCGGCCGCCUGUGAGGAACAUUGUUCAACUCCCAACAAAACCUUUGAAUUCAGAGGAGUGGAAUAAACUUAAGGAAGAUUUCAAAGGAAAGACUAAUUUUGAGAAUUGGAUCCUUUCACAGAUGGUUAAAUAUCAUAGCUCUAUAGAUGUGGCUAAAUCUGUACUGGCUUGGGUAGCUGCAAACAACAAUGGUGUUAUAGGCUAUGAUUUGCUGGUCAAGUAUUUGUAUCUCUGUGUUUUUCAUAAGGAAACAGCAGAAAUUAUUGAUGUCUAUGAAAUCAUGAAAGCCAGAUACAAGCGUUUAGAAUCUGGAGGGUACACUCUUCUCAUCCGGGGAUUAAUCCAUACAGACAGAUGGAGAGAGGCCUUGCUGCUGUUAGAGGAUCUCAAAAAAGUCAUAAUCCCUUCAAAAAUGAACUAUAAUGACUGUAUUCAGGGAGCCCUCUUGCAUCAAGAUGUAAAUGUAGCUUGGAAGUUACAUCAGGAGUUGUUAGGUCAUGAUAUUGUUCCUAUGUUGGAAACUUUAAAAGCCUUCUUCGAUUUUGGAAAAGGAAUAAAAGAUGAUGAGUAUUCAAACAAACUACAAGACAUUCUUUUGUAUCUAAGAAAUAAUCAGCUGUAUCCUGGGGAGUCAUUUGCUCACAGUAUAAAAACAUGGUUUGAGAGUAUUCCUGGAGAACAGUGGAAAGGACAAUUCACCACAAUCCAGCAAAGUGGUCAAUGCUUGGGCUGUGGAAAAACUGUAGAGUCUAUUCACCUGAGUUCAGAGGAGUAUGAAUUUCUCAAGGAAAGAAUCAUGAGGGAUGUGAUAGAUGGAGGUGACCAGUACAGAAAGACAACUCCUCAGGAACUUAAGAGAUUUCAGAACUUCGUAAAAUACUGUCCUCCUUUUGAUAUUGUCAUUGAUGGGCUCAAUGUUGCCAAGAUGUUUCCUAAAGCUCGUGAAUCACAAGUUCUGUUGGAUGUGGUCUCUCAACUAGCCAAGCAGAAUCUUAAAGUGCUGGUCCUGGGCCGCAAGCACAUGCUGAUGCAGAAUUCCCGGUGGAGAAAGGAUGAUAUGGAAAAGGUGCAAAAGCAAGCCAGCUAUUUCUUUGCAGACAACAUCUCAGAGGACGAUCCUUUCCUUCUGUAUGCCACGCUGCACUCGGGGAACCACUGCAAGUUUAUCACAAAAGAUCUGAUGCGCGACCACAAGGCCUGUCUGCCUGAUGCCAAGACCCAACGCCUGUUCUUUAAGUGGCAGCAGGGACAUCAGCUGGCAAUCAUCAGUAGGCAUCCAGGAUCCAGAAUAACUUUUCAGCAUAUUCUGAGCUAUGACACCGUGGUGCAGACAACCGGAGACUCAUGGCACAUACCUUAUGAUGAAGACCUGGUGGAAAGAUACUCCUACGAGGUGCCAACCAAAUGGCUUUGCCUUCACCGGAAGACAUAGAGACUUACCGUUGUGCUAAACUUGUAUCUCCUGGUUGGCCUCAGAGCUCUUAAGUUGAUGCUUCUUUAUUUUUUUUAUUUUUAUUUUUUUUGUCUUUUGUCUUUUUUUUUUGGUUGUUGUUGUUGUUGCUAUUUCUUGGGCCGCUCCCACGGCAUAUGGAGGUUCCCAGGCUAGGGGCUGAAUCGGAGCUGUAGCCACCGGCCUACGCCAGAGCCACAGCAACACGGGAUCCGAGCCGCGUCUGCAACCUACACCACAGCUCACGGCAACGCCGGAUCGUUAACCCACUGAGCAAGUGCAGGGACCGAACCCGCAACCUCAUGGUUCCUAGUCGGAUUCGUUAACCACUGCGCCACGACGGGAACUCCUGAUGCUUCUUUAGAGCGUUGUUUCUGUCCUGUCUGACCCAGUUUGUCCUGCUUGGUCCAGUUGGUGUGUAUAUCAACAAGUAAAUUUUUAAUUAAAUGAGAUAUAGUAUGUUUUCUUAA